AUGGACGAAGAUGAAAUUUUAAUAAUGUAUUACUUUUUGAAAAGAAGGAAAAUGAAGCAAGAAAUGAAAAGAAAGUACUGGGUACAUCCAAUGUUAAUGAAAAGAAUUCCAUUAGGAUUACGUCAGAGUUAUAUAGAAGAAUUAAAAAGUGAUGAUGGAAAGUUUUAUGAGUAUUUAAGAAUGACUGUCUCCACCUUUGAUAGCCUACUGGCACGACUUGCAGACAAUCUUAGAAGAGAAAACACACAUUUCAGAAAUUGUAUAAGUGCCGAAGAAAGACUAGUGAUAACUUUAAGAUAUUUGGCGUCGGGAUGUUCGUUUAAACAACUGCAUUAUAAUUUUAGAGUGGGAAUGUCAACCAUCAGCAAAAUAAUCAAAGAAACGUGUUCUGUUAUUUGGAGCGUAUUAAGUGCAGAAUAUUUAAAGUUGCCCAAUACCGAAGAAGAAUGGAAAGCGAUCGCUGAAGCUUUUAAAACGAAAGCAAAUUUUCCUCAUUGCCUCGGUGCGCUGGACGGCAAGCACACAAGGAUUACAAAGCCAAUAAAUAGUGGUUCUAUGUUUUUUAACUAUAAGGAUUAUUUUUCUUUUAUUUUAUUUGCGAUUGUUGAUUCAGAAUACCGUUUCAUUUACGUUAGUAUUGGUUCAUACGGAAAAGAGUGUGAUUCAUCUAUCCUAAAACAAUCCAAUUUUUGGAAGAAACUAAAUGAUGGUACUUUAAAUAUACCAAGACCCACGCCAUUACACGAAAAUAUGCAAGAAGAAAUACCAUAUGUAUUUGUUGGAGACGAAGCCUUUACAUUGUCACAGAAUUUAUUGCGACCUUAUGGCGGUACUCAUUUAGACAAUAAGAAAAAGAUAUUUAAUUACCGUCUAAGCCGCGCGAGAAGAUAUGUUGAAUGCACUUUUGGUAUCUUAUCCAAUAAAUGGAGGAUCUUGCAUAGACCAUUGGAUGUAUGUGCAGAAACAGCUAUUGAAGUUGUAAAGGCUUGUACGGUAUUACAUAAUUUUUUAAUAAAAAAAGACGCUAUAUACUUGGAGAAUACCCCAACCGUUAUGCCCCUGGUAAACAUGCCUGCAACACAGCUGCGUUCAAACGAAGGUGGUGGAAACGCAGUGCGCUUACAAUUUUCCGACUAUUUUGUAUCUGAAAUAGGCUCCGUACCUUGGCAAAACAUUACAGCACAUGUAUCAUAA